AAUCCCCCUACCUUUCUUUCUACCUAUAAUUCCCAAGAAACCUAAACCCCUUUCUCAAAAACAAAACUCUUCCUUUUCAACCCCACUUUUUCCACCUUUCCUCUAAAUUUUAGUUCAAAACAAGACCCAGAAAAAAAAAAAAAAUGCAAUCAUUCACGUCCCUUCUCGCGUGUCUUACUUUUCUUACGCUACAACUAUUCCAAUCCCAAGCUGGUUUACUAGCCCAACCAGUCAACGACCCGAACCAGCCACUCGAACCGGGUCAGUACCCAUCCUCCAACACCGUGCCCGCAUUCCCCGUUCAGACCCAAGCCCAAACCUGCCGCCUCGACCUCUCCAACGAACUCUUCGGCGGCGUCAAGGACGCCUGCGGCAAAGACCUUGACCGGAGCCGCUGCUGCCCCGUCCUCGCCGCGUGGCUCUUCGCCGCCCACGCCCGCACCGCACUCGAAGUUUCCACCGCUCCGGCGCCGACCAGCGCCGACCUUCCGAUGAUGCCGGACGACUCGCAGAAGUGUGUGAACUCGCUCCAAGACUCGCUCCUGAGUCGGAACAUCCGAAUCCCUCAACCAAACGCCACGUGUGACGCUAUUCUCUGCUUCUGUGGCAUCAGACUCCACCAAAUAACGUCGUUAACUUGUUCCGCUGCGUUUAACGUCUCGCUCUCUCACCGAAACGCGACUCCAACCGCUGCCGUUCGCAACUUGGAGAACAAUUGUCGCAACUCUUCUUACGCUGGUUGCACCAAAUGCCUCGGUGCCCUACAAAAGGUGAAGGGGUACAAGAACGAGACGAAGGGUAAUGGAGGGAGUGAUAGGGUUAAGAAGAUGUUUAACAGGGACUGUCAACUAAUGGGUUUGACGUGGUUGCUGGCGAAGAACAAAACGGCGUACAUACCUACCGUUUCGGCGGUGUUGCGUGCCAUAAUGUACAGUGCUCAUCCGCAUGAAUCCAAGUGUAGUCCUGAUCAGGAGAACAUGCCACUGGCCGUCGAUUCGCUUCAGUUCGAGAGUGGGGAUGCGUCAUCGUGGCCGUCCAAGUUUUGGAUUACGGUUUUGCCCCUAAUCAUUCUCUUGUUUUUCGGCUUUUGUUGA